AUCUGGCAUGAAUGUAAAUAAAUAAUAUUUUAACUAUUUGCUGCUUGCCAGUGAUUGCAGAAUUGGUUCACUAAUACAUCCCAGUAGGUCUGUAAGUAGUUACACAAAGUAGUAGAGACUUAUGGUAUUUUGUUAGAAUAGAAUAGAAUAGAAUAGAAUAGAAUAGAAUAGAAUAGAAUAGAAUAGAAUAGAAUACGUCUGUUAAGCUCCAAAUACUAUAAAAAUGAAAUUAGAUUCCUAAGAGAAGCAAAAGGGGGCGACAGCAGCACAGUCUUCAGUUAAGUCGCUGUCAGCAGUUUGCUCAGACUAGUUAUGUUAACGUUUUGUCGUGCAGCUUUGUCGUCGUCGUCGUCGUCGUCUCCAGUGUGACUUAGGCGCCGGGUCUCGAAACGCUUUAAAUCAUGGACGAUUCGGACACCAGCGCUAUUCUUGCGGAGGACCUGGAGUCCAGUGACUCCAGCAAAGUCUGUUGUUGUUUUAAGGCGCCACAAAACAAACGUCCGCCGCCGUGUUCGUGUCCGUUUUCGGUGACCGUGGAGCCCGUUAUGUUCCUGUCCACGUUCUCCAUAGCUCUCCAGAUGCCCCUGUACACGCAGUACCUGUGGGAUCGUAUCAGUGAAGAUGUGGGUUACAAUGGAACAAAAGGAGGAGGUUGUAAUGCAUCGACGGCCCACGAUCCUCUGCAGAAGGAAGUGGAGACUCUGACAGCACACUGGAGCUUGUACAUCAAUCUGGGUGGAUUUAUAGUUGGGCUGAUCAUGGUGACCCUGCUGGGCUCAUGGAGUGACCGUGCAGGUCGGCGUCUUGUUCUGAUCAUCCCUUCCCUUGGCCUGGCUCUUCAGGCCACCGUGUAUUUGAUUGUAAUGUACCUGAAGCUCCCUGUGUUCUGGUUCCUCAUUGGGAGAAUCUGCAGCGGCCUGUCCGGGGACUUCAAUGCUAUUUUGGCCGGUUGCUUUGCAUAUGUGGCUGACACGAGUGCCAGGGGGUCUCGUACCUUUCGUGUAGCGAUACUAGAGGCUUGUCUGGGAUUGGCGGGCAUGUUUGCAAGCAUCAUCGGAGGACAAUGGCGAAGGGCACAAGGGUAUAUCAAUCCGUUCUGGCUGGUAUUGGCCACAAAUCUUGCAGCGGCGCUUUACGCAUACCUUUUUGUGCCUGAAACGGUCACCCCUGACCCCGAGGCAAAGCUCCUCUCCAGCAGGCACCACCGAGCCGUCUACAGCCUCUAUGCAUCUGAUGCACCGCAGGGGCGCAGAACCAAACUUUGGUUGUACACGCUCUGCUUUUUUCUGGUGGUGACCGUACAUUUUGGCUGCAGUGACCUCUAUGUGUUGUAUGAGUUGAGCGCUCCUCUCUGCUGGGGUCCAGAGCUGAUCGGUUAUGGCUCUGCGGCUAAGCAUCUGGCCUACCUCACUAGUCUGACGGGGCUGAGGGCCAUGCAGUGCUGUCUGGAGGACUCCUGGGUGGCUUUGGUGGGCCUUACUUCUAACAUAGUUGGCUUGAUUAUGUUUUCGGUCGCUGACACUACAGCUCUGAUGUUCACAGGAUAUGGGUUGUGCUUCCUUUUUAUGGCUUCUACCCCAGUCCUGAGAUCUAAACUGUCCAAGCUGGUGGACCCUUCAGAGCAAGGUGCUCUGUUUGCUUCAGUGGCGUGUGUGGAAGGUCUGUGCUCGCUAGUGUCUAACGGGGUCUUUAACUCUCUGUACCCUGCCAGCCUGCACUUCAUGAAAGGAUUCCCCUUUAUCUUUGGAGCCAUCAUUCUCUUCAUACCAGCAGGCAUUAUCGGGGGCUUGGGUUGCCAGGAGAAGAAAGAGAGCAGAGAAAACAGAGAAGGCUCUGAAAUAUCCUGACACUGACUCUGUGAGAGUUAUGCCAGAUCCAAAAUAUUCGAAACUUGAUUGCUAAUAGAGCACACAAAAGGGACUCAUGUGCAAUACAAAGAUUAGGAUCGUUUUUGAAAAUAAAUAUUUUAAUCAUUAAUGGCAGUUACGUUAUGGGGACCAAAUAUCCCCAAAAGGAUAGGAAUACCAUUCAAUUUUGACCUUGUGGGGACAUUUUUAGGUCACCGUGAGGAAACAAGCCUAUAAAACAUACCGGAUGAAAUUUUUUGAAAAUCUAAAACUGCCAAUAGUUUCCUUUUUAAGGGGUGGGUUUAGGUGACAAUAAUACAUACAGUCUGUACAGUAAUAAAACCAUUACGCCUAUGGAGUGUCCCCAUAAAACAUGGACACACAGGGUGUGUGCAUGCCUUGCAUCUAAACCAAAAAAGAACAAAAAGUAUGUGCAUUGCUUUCUUCACAACCACACACGCACACACUUCCAGGUGGUACAACAAAAAACUGUUUCCAAGGUUGGCAGGUCUGUAUUAAUGUUUUUAUGUAUGUAUGAUCAAAUUAAUGAAGUCUUGUCUAUUAUGAGUGACUGCCGUGUUGGACAUCAGCCAUUUACAGUGAAAAUAAGCCUCUGGUUGAUAGAUUACCCCAAAAAGUGUUAACACUGUGACUUUGGUGCUAUAUAAACAGUGUUUCAGCAUCCUGAACGACCACACACAGCAAUAUUAGCUCAACCGAUGGCGCGGGUUUAUGUCGGCGUAGUUCAGGAAACCGGUUCUAAUUCAGUUUGAUGAAAAUUACACCUAUUGCAAAUUCAAGACCCACACAGUUUCACCCACACCGGAAAAAUCACAGUAAUGUUCCUCUUAUGUUAACAAACUCCCCCAUGUCAGAUGUGUUUUAGGUAUGUCAAAUCUGUCAAGCAGGUGAGAAUUAUGUGGAUGUAAGACUGUAAAUUAUAGCU